GAACGAGAUUGAAGGAAGGGACCGGCGGUGGGGCGAGACGCGGUUUGAGUCAGCAAACGAGCUUUAUGUUUGCCUAAUCUGUACAAACUCGCCUAUGUUUUGCUAUUGCUAAUAUUUUACUAUAGAGUACUGCAUUAUCUUAGCCACAAGUGUCUCUUGGCUGUACUUCUGAAGGUUAUUAUAUUGGCCACACUCGAUGCGCCCCUAAUGCAACCACCACUACCACCCCUUCUGCUGAGUACCAAAUCGGUUUCGUUUAGAGAUAAAGGAGCUAAGAAAGCUGUCUGUAAAUCGGUUAGGUUACGGCGUGGAACUAAUGAAUGUAUAGAUAGCGAAGGCUAUGGUGCGAGAGGGUCGGUAACUAUUGGCCCAGCUACCGUGAGAGUUGAUUAUACCCAGCCCUCGAUUAGGGUUCUCGAAAUAUAAUUGGACGCGUGAUUCCAGGAGUGAGUCGUGCCCACGGGGGCAGGGGGUAGGGACUAAGCAGUAUUAACUAUGAGGGAUCAGAAUAGUCGCCAAGUGGUUGAGGGGGGAGAGCGAGAAUGUGAAAAGGCGAGAAGCCAUGCCAAAAGGUACCCGGGGAAUGUGGAGCUGAUGGAAAGAAAACAUUGGACCAGGCGAUGCCAGUAGGUUGGGGGAUCACGGGCAGACUUAUAAGUGUCAUCUCGGUGAGAAUGUUGAAAUGGUUACGGGUUUCUCGUAGAUUUUAGUUAUAUCCCCACUAGAAUGAAACCAUGAACCAAUUAGGGGCCUUUCAA